AUGCCUCUGGAAGAGAGCCUGGACGGCGGAGCUGAGCAGGGCAACAUCAAAAAGUAUGCUGGCUUAAUUCAUGAGGUUGGAAUUAUUAAGGACCAUGUUGAACGUGAGCGACAAAAAGCGCGACUUGAACAGGAGUCCUUGAAGGCCAAGCUGGAAGAUAGGGAAAAAGAAGCGAUUGCGGUUCAGAAGGAACUCUCCAUUCAGCUGAGGUGUGCCGGGAGAUCGUACCAACAGCUCCUCAGUGCAACAAGGGAAUUGCAGGAGCAGCUGGAGAAAGAAAAGAUCGCCAGAGAAAAAGACAAGCUACCCUACAUUGACGAGAUUCGGGCUUUGAAAGCCCAAUUGAGCAAGGGUGACAAACCGUGGCGGGAUGAGAUCGCCAAACGCGACGCAAAGAUUCUGAAGUUGCAAGAAGCAGCAGGCAACCAGGAAGUGCGUUUGCGCGAAGCUGUUGAAGCUGUCGAACCUGUGCGCGUUGAAGGAGAGAGAAAGUUGAAGGCCGCAGAGGAGCGGGCUGAACAGAUUCAGCAAGAAGUCUUUGUGCUGCAAGAAGAGCUACAGGAUGUGAAGGAGAAGUGGCAAGCGGAGGUGUCAAAAGCGAAAGAAGCUCAUCACAAGGAGGUCUUGAUGCUACAGAUCAGGAUACGCGAGAUCCAAGCGGAGUCAGAAACGAUUGCAGGCCCCUACAUCAAGCAAAUCAAGGAAUUGGAACUCCAAAAACAAGGGCUGGAGGUCCAGUUGUCGCAGGUGGAUUAUACACCUUUCGAGAAGCAGGUUGAAGUGAAGGAGAAAGGCUAUGACAUGUUGGUGCACGAUUUCAGAACCAAAGAGCAGACUCACAGCGACAAUGUGGACAGGAUGCGUGAAGGUUUCGAAGAGGUCAUUCAGAAGCUGGACAGGAAGCUGCAGAGUGUUGAAAAGGAGUAUGAGAAGAAAAUGGAGCCGUGGGUCUCCCUUGUCGCAGAGAGAGAGGAAGAGGUGAGGAAACUUCAAGACAAGAUCAGGACUAUGCAAGAGGAAAAGGCAGAGGGCCGGGAGAAACUUCAAACAAAAAUGCAGGAGCUUGAAAAUGAAGUGAAGAUUGCCAAGGAAAGCCUGGAUGCUUUUGUCAGAGAAAAUAUGAAGCUCCGCCGUGAAAGGGAUGACAUAGAGGAAAAAGAAGCAGCCCCUACUCAUCCUCGCCAAAAGAUGCAGGUUAUGGAGAUGCGUUUGGAUGAGGUCACCAGAAGAUGUGAGGUCUUGAUAAAGAAUCGAGACCGGGAACUAAAAGACAAGACAGAUAUCAUCUCCAAGCUACAAGAACGUGUCUUGCAGCAGUCCAAGGAAAACAUAGCGCUUGAUCGAAAAUGGGACGAACGAGUGCAGCAAAAAGAAGAGGGGUACGGCAUAGUUGUGGCCCAACUGAAGCAUGCAGAGGGUCAGAUUCUUGAAGAGCGCGAGAAGACAGCAGCUGCCAAGAGGGAAAUCCAGAAACGUGAACAGAGGAUUGUGGAGCUUCGGCAGGAGCAUUCUGAGGAGUUGAGAUGCAGACUGAGGGACCGAAAUCUGCUUUUCAAACGACUUCGCGAGCUUGAGGCGGAGCUGGCUCUCAAAGCCAACAGAGAAGAUGACGUUCGAAGAGAAUGGGAGGCUAUGUAUGAUGAGCUGAGGACUCGCUGUGAGUGGCGCGAAGCCGACCUUGAGAUCGAGAUAGUGCGCCGGGACAAAGCCCAAGCUGCCAGAGAGAAAGAAUUGUUAGCGGUGCGUGGACAGUUCGACAAAGCCAGAAUCACUUGGGAAAGCAAAGAACGAGAACUGGAGGUGCUUGUUCGUACAAGGGACCGAUUGGUUACUUCUCUCAAGAAUGAGAUCGAAUUGGUUGCAGAAUCUUGGGAAGUAAAGUAUGACAAGCUCCUCAGCCUUUUCGACAAGCUGCAAAAGAAGUAUGACGAACUGCUCGGUCCAGGCGGGCUGGCUGAAGCUCUGCGAAGAGCACGAGACUUGAAGGAGGAGAAUGUCCAGCUCACCCGGCAGACCCACGAGCUUAAGGAGAUGAUCAAGAAGCAAAAGCGACAAAUUAGAGACCUACAAUUGGACAUUGACAUGCACAUGAAAGAGACAGCGGAUUUGAUAUUGCAGAAGGAACAAGGCAUAGCUGAAAUGGUUGGUGAUUAUGCAAAAUUGCAAGCUCAAUUCAGGAAUGAAGUGGAGCAAAAGGAGCGAAUCACCAUCGAGCUCACUGAAGAGAAGCGCGCGAUUGUGGCAUCUUUUCAGGCCAGGAUUGAACAGCUUGAGCAGCUCCUGGAAGCCAUGAGGUUCACCGACCGCGAGGAACUUGUAGAUACCAUAGACGUUUGGAAGCGGGCCUACGAAAGAGUGUGUAUCGCGCGCGAUGAGAUGGAGGAGGAGUAUCAAGGUCAGCUUGUCACAAAGGACAAACAACUCAGGAAAAUGGCCCUAGACAAUGCAGAGGAGCGGGAAAAUGUGCAAAGAGAGAUGGACAAGUGGCUUGAGAAGAUCCAGGAGGUCGAGGAGGAAUGGAAGAAAAAGAUGGUCCCCUUGCAUGUUCAGAAGGACGAGUUGGAGAAAAAGAUCCUGGAGCUGGAACGGAAUUUGCUAAUAAAAGACGCUGAAUUGAGGAGGGCACUGAGGCUUGCUGAUUCACGGCUUGAAGAUCCAGAGAAGGAAGCCAUGAAGAAAAAAAUUGUGGAGCUGGAGGGCAAUAUCAAGAAGCAGGAGGAAGGCAUUCGAAUUUUGGUGGAGGAAAACAGCCAGCUGAGACAGCAUGUGGACGCUGUGGUGGAGCAAGCCGAGGGCGCGCAAGAAGACUGGGAACCGCAGAUCAGAUGGAGAGAUGAACGCUACGAGGCCAUGAUGAAGGAGCACGAGCAGGUAAAGCAGAUCCUGCAAGAAGAAAUGCUAAAAGCCCAGGAAGCAUGCAAGCAAAUUGAGGAGCAGGUGCGUAGGUUUCCAAAUCCUUUCGAAGCUGAACUGGAGGAAUUGAAAGACAGGUAUGCUCAAAUGCAGGCUGGGACACAGAGGCUAAGUGUUGAGAACGUUCAAUUGAGAGAAAAAUUGCAAGACCAAGAAGAAGCCUUUGAUGAGGAAAAGCGCCAGUUAGAAGAUCAAAUACGUGUUGCCCACCACAUCCUCCAGCAGGUCACCUCGCUGGGCACUCUGAGAAACAUGGGCGAGGAAGCAGUUGCAGAUGCAAGGAAGCUGGGCAUCGAUCUGGAGAAGAGCAAACGAAAAUAA